UAGAUAUACCUUUCCUUUUCUUCAUCCUAUUUCAAAUGAAAUUCAAGCUGUACUCUUGAAUAAUCGAAUAUUUUUAUCUCCUGUAUUCAUGCAUUGUUCUUUAGGAAGAAAUUCAGGACAUAGCGUAAUAUAUACAGAAUAUAAAACUCUAACUGGAACAAUGAAUUUUUCAAAAAACAUGCAUUCUUUGAUCUUAUAUUCUGGAAUGAUCAGUGCCUAUUUUGAAGAUAAUUCAAAUAAUUCUAAUACUUGGCUUAAUAAUACUUUCAUACCGCCAAUUGGUUGA